CUGAUUUAUCCACUAAUUAUUUCCUCGACAGGAUGAUUUCAGAAAAUGGUGAAAAAUGCUGAUUAUUUAAUAAUGCUGAACCUUCCUGAUUAUUUCUUCUUUUCUAACAUAAAGGUCCAAAAUCUAAAUAUAUUGAGUUUCUUGUCACUUAAUACAACAGAAUGGGAUUAUUUUAACCUAGAAAUAAACUAAUAAUGAUAGACUUGCUAAUAAAAACUGACAAAACAUUACAUUCUGUAUAUACUGACUUUUUUUCCUUUUGCUUUUUUACUUUUUUCCAUCAGUCCUAUUCUUUGUUAACUAAGUUAACUAAAUAGAGACUAGAGACUUCAAGUCUGCACUGAUUAUCACUCGUGGCUCAUGUCACUGGAUACGAGCUAUUUAAUUUCAUACUUUUAUGUUUUUGCUUUUUGUUUGUUUUGCUUGACAUAAAACCAAAUGUUACUUAAAGUUAUACUUUAGCAAUUAAAAAAAAAUAAUUUAUUGAAAUUCUUCUGAACUUUUUGUACAAAUGUGUUAUAUAAAAUAUUGAAAUGAAGGGCUGUGUGCUGUUUUCAGGCAUCUGUUUGGAUUUGCAAAGUGUCAUUAACCACAAUGCUAAUAUUGUGGCUCUCUCCUUUAAAAAACAGGUUUCCAUGGCUUCAAACAGUCUGUUCAGCAGCCCCAGCCCAAUGCUGUACUGGGAUCCUGUGGCGAAGUGCCGUCUGUCACCAUCAGCCAGCACUCGUCAACUGGAUGAACAAGAGCUGAGGUGUCUCCACCAGUGCAGUACAGCUCCACCCAGAGGACUGGUCCCGACCGACAGCCCAAAUUUCCUCUGCAGCAGCCUGCCUCAGCACUGGAGGUGUAAUAAAACACUACCAAGAGCCUUUACUGUUGUUGCCCUGGGGAACGAUGUGCCUGAUGGCGUGGUUGUGACAGUGAUGGCUGGCAAUGAUGAAAACGUCAGCGCAGAGCUACGUAAUGCCACAGCCACCAUGAAACAAGGCUGUGCCCACUUCAACGACCUCCGCUUCAUCGGCCGCAGCGGCAGAGGUAAGAGCUUCACCUUGACGAUAAACGUGCUGACCUCACCUCCUCAGAUCGCCACCCUACACAGGGCCAUUAAGAUUACCGUGGACGGACCACGGCUGCCCAGACGUCAGAGGCAGAAGGAGAUGAAGGCUGGAGUUUUUAGGCCCUCCAGGAGCAUCAGUAGCAGCACGGCUUCAUCAGAAUGCAGAUCCUUUCCUUCCACCUCUCUGUGGAUGAAUGAGUCCUUUCUGGGCCCAGUGACCUCUUUGGCAUCUUCAUUCGCUCCUACUCCCAGAAUGCACCAUCUGCCUGCCCUCCCUUACUCUACUCAACCUCCUCCAUACAGUUCCUACCUGUCUUCUCCUCCUCCUCCCCCUCCGCUCAGCCACAGUGGUCCAUUCCAGGCCGGCAGCUUCCACUACGGGCCCCACCAACCAUUCCAAACAACAGGGGAGGACCGCAAUGUUGUCACAGCACUGACCAAUUAUAUUGAAGGGGGGUGUCUUUCCAUGAGAGGGGAGGAGCCUGUUUGGAGACCUUAUUGAUGAUUGGAUGUAUUAUUUUAGCAUAAUGUAAACAUUUAACCAGUUUUAAUGUUUUUCUCUCUUUUUUCUUUCUUUUUUUAUCGAGAUAAAUCCUUAAACCUACGUU